AAGCAUUGGUCAACUGAAGAUCCAGUUGAACUCCAAGACAAAUUUGAUUGGGACUUCUCCGCCCUUCAUACCCUUAUUUUGAACGUUCUAUUCUUGGAGGUCAACGCAACCAGCAGAAAAGAAGCUGCAGGCGAGGAAUUCAUGCAUGUUCACCCAACUUCCCUGUUCGCAACCAAUUCAAAAAAUGAUAGACGCCAGAAUAUGGACCAUAAUUCUGCUUCCUUAGCUGGUAUCGCGUUCAUGAUCACCCAAAUAAAUGAAAUAAUGCAGAGUAUCACUGGCAAAUUAGCCCACCGUGAAACUAGACGAGUAUCACAGACGGAAAAGAUACUUGCUUCUUCGGUCCUGGCGGCUCACUAG